AUGAAUUCACGCUCAUCCAAGAAACACGAAUCGAUUCCCAACAAGUCUCCCAAGCCUAGGUCCAGACCUUCGACAGACGACUGGACCGAAGUCACAGAGCCUGAGGAGCGAAGACGCAUUCAAAAUCGACUAGCUCAGCGAAAGUUCCGAGAGAAAGCCAGAGAGCAGAAAGAAAAGGCAGAACGGGAGUCGCGCGACUUAGAAAACGCAGCCAGCAGCUACCGCCUCCCUUCGUCAGACGAAAUCGCAGCAGAUGACGCAUGGACCUCUCAGGCCUGCCUUGGGGAAGCCUCGUAUGACACAUGUUCUAGCCAGGGGGCUACGAGACGGAGAGCAGACGUAGCGGAGGCAGCGGCGACGGCGACGGCGAAGGCGAUAAUAACAACUAUACCAACGACAACGAGGCAAGACGACGCGGCGCAGUACUAUGCGGUAUCGAGCCCGUACCAACAAUACCAGACUGUCAACUACGGGAGUAGGACAAAUAGCAGCGGAGGUGACGAUUUCGCAUACCAAGAUCUACCGCCGUAUUACUACGACUUCGAUCCAAAUAGCGGCGGGUAUAGUCAUCAACAUCAUCAUCACCGGACUUAG